CGCGGAAUUUCUGCACCAGGGAUUCAAGUUCACGAGGGAUUUCUCCAGUCCAAGUUGGCUGAGUUCCUCAGUGUUACCGCUGACAUUCUCAUAAAUUCUAAUCCAAGACAGGAGCGUGUUUGGAAGCUGAUCAAGAUUGGGGAUGGGAACGAGCUUGAGAGCAGUGGCCGCGGUUUGGAGCGAGACUUUGGUGCUGCUGACAAUGAUAUUCUUCCAAGCGCCAUCGGAUCUACGAGAUGCCGGUUCCGCUGGAACCGAUGAAACAGCCAGAACUGAGGGCCUGAGAUCUACGAAUUCAUGCUGCGUGGGGACGCUCGCGUCGUCGUCACCAACGAGUGCAGUCGGAAUCCCUCCAGUAUUCACUUUGGCAGGAAGGGGAGAAAGAAAUGGCGGUGGAUCUCCCGGGGAUGCCUGGACGGACGAAGUCAGGAAAUUAUUGCCCAGGAGUGUACUUGAUUGGGUGCGACGAUUGGAAUCGGGGCUGGGGCUUCUCCGGAAUAAGUCAGAUAUCCUGUCUCGAAGGCGCGUUCGUUGCUGUGCGGCAUCAUCCUUUGAGGUGCCACUAGCAGAGAGUGUACCAGGGUGUGAUCCUGCGGACUGAUUAUAAUCUACCCGAAUCGGUCGGUCAUUUUCUGUCGCAGAAACAGUGACCUGGAUGUUGGGGGUUGGUGCCUGGGGCCGAUCAUCAGGGGUCUCAGGAGCCUGCUGUGGCUUCGUCCGAGAGAAAAAGUGGUGGGAUUUACGAUCUGUGGGCAUGGUGCGUGGGAUGUAG